AGGCCACAGCCACAGGAAGGGCUCGUUACGUGGCGGCCCGCCGCCUCUGCCCUGCUCUGGCCGGCGCUGCCCUGCUGGGCCACAGUCGCUCGCCGCGCGCGCCCCGCUCCGGACGCCGCAGACGCUGCCCGAACCCCCAAGUCGCCGACGUCGACGGCACCAGUCGCCGCUAACACGCGCAUUCCUGCAAGUCUCCCUCAUACCGUAAGGCAUCCUCGUCGGCAUCUCGUACCUCGCUGGAUCCUCCUGCAACGAUGUACGCGUUGUUGCAGCUGACUCGGUGACAGUGUGUGUUGUUGCAAUUUCGUGAAAAAGUUGAGUGUCGGUGAUUUGUGUAGUGUUCUCUCACACCUUCUGAGCUCGUGACUUGUCCAGUAUACUACUCCACGUGCCAGGAGAGUCGAAUGGGACAACAGCGAGUCACUCUGGCUGGUCGUUUUAAAAACGCGUUGACGUCACCGCACUCGCAGCCAAUCGUCCGCAUCCUACAACCAAUGGCGGCGCCCAUCGUUUGUGUGUCACAGGAGGCCCCACUCUGGGAGCCACUGGUUCAGGUUUGGUCGUCCGCUCGCAGGUGCUUCUCGACGGCGCUCUCAAAACGAGUGCGCAAUGGCCCGGCGAUGAGCGGGGCCUCGCUGCUGCUGGUGCUGGCGUGUGCGGGCGCUGUGGCGGGCCAGGCAGCGCCCAUGCAGUGCCCGCCGCCAUACGACAUCUCGCCGUGCGCCUGCGGCGUUAAGAAGAACGGGCUUGACAUCCUCUGCGAGUUCACCGACAGCCAGCACAUCACCAAGGCCAUGACGCUGCUCAAAGAGCGGCCCUCCACCGUCAUCUUCUACCUAAAGCUCCGCCACAACAGCCUCCCCAAGCUGCCGCGCUUCGUCUUCCUCGGGCUUGACAUCCGCCACCUCACCAUCCAUAACAGCAGCCUCGCCGUCAUCGAAGAGUCUUCGCUCAGUUCGAUAGGCCUUGGAAGACCCAACGGUACCGCCCGGCCGCCGUGUCAUCCUCAGCCCACACGCGGAUGCGGACGUGGAAGGACAUGUGGCAAGGGGCUGACGCAGCUGGACCUGUCGCAGAACCACCUGAGCCUCAUCCCAUCGGCUGCUUUCCACAACCUGCACCACCUCAUCCUGCUCAACCUCAACCACAACCGCAUCAGCGCGCUGCGGGCGCGGGCGUUCGAAGGCCUGGACACCCUGGAGAUCCUCACGCUGUACGAGAACAAGCUGCACGCCGUCGACCCGGAAGCGUUCAAAGGCCUCGAGAAGAAACUGAAGCGGUUGAAUCUGGGUGGCAACGAACUGACGGCGGUGCCGGUGCACGCUCUCAACAUCUUGGACACCCUGAAGAAGCUCGAGAUGCAGGAGAACCGCAUCACCGAGAUCUCCGAGGGCGACUUUGCAGGGCUGAGGAGCCUGGACUCUCUGGGCUUGGCGCACAACAUGCUGAAGGAGGUGCCGGGUCGCGUCUUCUCCCACCUGACGCUGCUGAACUCACUGGAACUGGAUGGCAACCAAAUCACUCACAUCGAUCCUGAAGCUUUCGCUGGACUUGAAGAGAACCUGCAGUACCUGCGCCUGGGAGACAACAACAUUCACACGGUGCCCAGCGAAGCUCUGCGUCGCUUGCACCGCCUCCGCCACUUGGACCUCCGCGCCAACAACAUCAGCUCCAUCUCUGACGACGCUUUCUUGGGCUUUGGUGACACCAUCACAUUCCUGAACCUGCAGAAGAACGACAUCAAGAUAUUGCCUGCCAUGGUCUUCGACAACCUGAACUCGCUCGAGACUCUCAACUUGCAGAACAACAAGUUGACCCACAUCCCGGAGGAGGUCAUGGAGCCUAUCAUGGAUACGCUGCGCGUCGUCGACAUUAUGGACAACCCGCUGAUAUGCGACUGCGAGCUCCGCUGGUACAACGACUGGUUGCGGCAGCUGCGCGACCGCGACGACGCGGCGCUGCAGAACAAGCACACGCUCUGCACGAUGCCGCAUGAGCACCGCGAGUACAGCAUCCGCAACAUGCCGCUCGACAAGAUGAGCUGCGUCGGCAAGAACAUGGGCCAGACCGCUAUGACGGGCGGCGCUCGCAGGGCGGACGCGCAGCGGACGCCAGUGUUGGCAGCCCUGGCGGCGGCGCUCGCCGCCGCGGAGCUGGCGCUGCGCGUCUAGUGUUCUCCAGUGACGUCACCACAGCCGCUGCUGUGGUCGGACGCCCUCUGGAGGGCCAGAGAUGACGGCCGCUUACCCGCACGGACCCGGCGCACGACCGCCUCAGCAACAGUCUAACCACUUCCGUCUGCAGUUAUUGCCGUCGGAAAGUCUUAUUCCAUCAUUCGAUGACGCAAUAAAAAAAGCUGUUACCAACUAUUACCUCAGUGGAGUUGAGCGUCAGUUGAAUGUUCUCCACUGGCAUUCGUUGUUUAUAGGUACGUCGAAAUAUAAUAGAACAACACGUUUCUUUCAGAAUACCAUACAUGUUAUCUGGGAAUGCAGGAUUUCUCGGCGAAUUUCGAUGGUGAACUCUUCUCGGGUAAUCAGCCCAGUCAAGGCGUCUUUGUGCGGCUAGGUUUCGACAAGUUUUCUGCUCUUUUAUCUUCAGGCCUGAGGAUUACAAGUAAGAAACUUGUCGAGAUGUAGCCGCAGAACGAUGCCUUCACUCGGUUGAUAACCCGAGAAGACCUCAUCAACCAUCUAAGUUUCUUCUGUUCUUAGGCGUCUUCAAGCGUCUAGAAUAUUUGUUUCUAAAUCAAUUAUCGCUUCUAAACUUCUCUCUACGUUAUUCAUAGCGGUACUUGCAUAAAAGAUCCAAUUUCUCAGUUUUGAUGAGCUGACAGUAAUCACACUUUAAAUUAUUUUUGAGACGCUAAGAGACUUUGGAGCUACCUUUUUAUUUUAUAAGCUGACGUACCCGUAAAACUUUCAGGUGUGCUUAUUGUUUCUGUACUCAACUGUAAACUUUCUUUAAUAUUCGUUCAUUGUUGCCACGCACUUAUUUACGAACUUCAGUUACGAGUUCGACGCGAUAAUUUUUUUAAGAGCGGCAGUACGUUUCAUAAUAACGUCUAAACACUUGCAUAUAAGAGCACAAGUAUUUCGAAAGAUGAUACAGCUCUAACACAUCUAAGGUAGCCAGCUGAACGAACGAGGUAUAAAUGUUGGCGAAAACUCGUUAAACUAAUCGUAUUGGAUCAUCGACGAUGGCUUUUGAAUAUUGAAAGACAGGAAACGAUUACUCCAAACGAUGUUGUUCAGCUAUAUCUUGACGUACCUUCAAAUAAACCACGACUAAUUUUCUGGCUCAACUGACGCGAGCAAGCGUCGUAGAGGGUCGUGGACCGUGGUUCGCGCGGGAAAGUGUUCCGGCAGCUGAGAAACAUGCGUCUCCGCACGUCGGAGCACCGUUAGCUGACACGAAAUGCUCUUUACUUUACAUAUCUUAGCUGAUCCGCUGGCGAACGGUGCGCGUCAGAAGCUGAGACGCGCGGCGGUGGUCAGCGGCUACGCUUGCUACUUAUAUGCACGAGGAUCUGAUCCAUCUGUGAAAUGUCAUACAUAUCAGACUGUUCCUAUGAUUGCUGGGUUAGUGUACCACUGUUAUGCGUAGCCGUUUACAAAUCUAUUUGCUGUUCUACACCGUUUUCUUAAGCUCUUUGAACAAACAAAAAAUGUGGAAAGAAAAGAAUGAAUCGUGCAUAUCAUCUACGGUACCGUAUAUUUUCUAACUAAAUAGUUUAGAAUUUUGUUUUGUGAGUAUCUUAAUGUGGACUGAAACUAUUUCACCGUCAGCUAACAGGCUGAGAUAUGUGUGAUGUCAACCUUUUAAAAAGAAAAUGGCAAUUGCGUUUCUCUUUGACAGUGACCAAAUUAAUUUCUUGUUUGUUUAUUGAAGAGGCAAUCGUCAGGACGUAGUCAUUAGUAUUGUGACUGUGUAACGUGACAGGUUGUCACGAAGAGACUAACAUUUACCACAGCAUAGGGAACAUUACCAUGGCCACAUAUAAUUAUUUGUAGUGUUACAUGUAUCAGGAUGAGUGUAGAAUGUAAGGAAUCACAGUGAGUUCCGAAGCCGUAUCCUGCCUGGCGCUCAUAGCUUUCACUUCCCGCCCUUGUUGUUACCAUAUGGGACGCCACUUGACUACAACGUUGCAGUCACUUCUGUUACUGGCUUAUCAUAGAAAUUACUGGAACUUAUCGGCAGGAAAGAAACAACACUGAUUGUUCUUUUAAUAGUUAGUUCAGGAGACCACACAAAAAAUUAAAUCGAAGCUCAUUUCAGGGUUGUGCUGUAAGCAACUAAGCAACGUAGCAGCUACAGUGAUCGUGCCAGGCGCUAUCUAUCACGCAUAAACGUGAGAGGGAGCCUGACGGUACACCAAGACAAUGGCAAAUAGACCACCUUCUGAUAGCCCCAGUAGUCUUUGGAAACCCGGUCAACUGCCUUCCCAUGUGAAAUUACCUACGCACAUCGUCCUAAAAAAUCAUCAGUAGUGAGUGACUAAUGAGUGUCCUCAUCAACUCUUUCUUAGUUUUUCACUACUUUUCUUACCAUCCCUAACCUCUCUGUCUGUUUACAGUCUCCACGCACACAUGUACCGCAAUCCCCUCUGAACUUAGGCAGUCGUGUGUUUGGUGACUGCUUAAGCUCUCUGUAUAUUACAUGAACUCGCCUAGUGCGAACGUCUACUAUUCAAGAAAUUCACUCCGCGACGUAUCUACAAAUCGCGGUGAACUCUCAGAAAUUGAAGAAAAAAAAAGUUUCUCGACCCGACGUUUUUUGAUCUAUAGCUUUUCUCGUGUAGAACUGACAAUUUUAGCAAGCCAUUUACCCAUUUUUCUUGCAGCAAAGAUUUCAUUUUUACCAUUUGCUGGUCGUGAUAUUUAUUGUUCGUGUAGCCGGGCAGGACAUCCACGCAGUCUUUCGAAGAGGCAAAUGUGACAUUGCUGUUCAUUGUUAGCACAGAAUGUCGUAUUGAAAGGCAGGGGCUACUUCGCACCCUGAAAGCGGGGAACUCACUACGCACGUAUAUUUGGUGUUGCAAUAAGAGUUAUAUAUACAUACAUAUUAUAUAUAUAUCUUUGCUGUGUUUUAUAUUUUAUUCACUGUGUACUAGCGUACACAGAAUUACUGCACGUAGCGGUAUGGAACCAUAAGAAAACAUAUCCUUUGUUUUGAGUCGCCUAAGCUUCCCGGAGUCAUCCCUCAUAUUUUUAUAAGAAUUCUUACAUGUGUCAGGUCGUUAUCUAGAAUGACUACGGGGAGGGCUUCUCAGACAAACAAAUUACAUUUUUUACAUUUUUGUCGAAAAUAUAAUAUAUAGAAUUAUAUACAUAUAUGUGUAAGCACAUUCAUAUAGACAUGUUAUUUGUGCGUAUUAAUAUCUUUAUAUUCAUAUGAUAUGCUUAAAUGUUUCUCUCUCACUAAAAGGUACAAAAUGUUUAACUUUAUUCAUUGUAAAAGGCUAUGAUGUUGCAUUUAUGUAUGUGAAGUAAAUUUUAGUCAAAUAAAGUGAAUAUCUAAUGGAC